AUGAGUGCUGUGGAGGAGGCUCUGGACUCUACUGAACAGAGGCUGGAGGCUGUGAUUGAGAGGCUGUCUUUAAGAGUGUUGAGCUCCCCAGAAGGAAAGAGCCUGACCGUCCGGGGGGACUCAGUCGACCCCCUUCCUACACGUUUGCCUGCACGAAUACGAGAGAUAGUUACCAGGAACCUCAGCCAGCCCCAAGAGCCAGGUCUCCCAGCAGAUAUGUCUUCUCUCUUGUCACUGCAAGAGGAGAACUGCAUCCUGCAGCAAGAACUCUCUCGCGUGGAAGACCUCUUGGCACAGAGUCGGGCGGAGAGAGAUGAAGUUGCCAUCAAGUACAAUGCAAUCAGUGAGCGGCUGGAGCAGACGUUGCGUCUGGAGAGUGGUGAACGGGAGAGGGAUUCCCUGGAGAACCGGAGCCUUGCACAGCAGAAUGUGGAGCUGAGACGAAGGCUGGAAGAAGAGCAGGCUGCGUACAAACGCAAGCUUCAGUCCUAUCAGGAAGGGCAGCAGCGACAGGCGCAGCUAGUGCAAAAACUACAAGCCAAGGUCCUACAGUACAAGAAAAAGUGCGGAGAGGUGGAGCAGCAGCUCCUGGAGAAAUCCUCCGAACUUGAUCAGGAGCGACUCAGUAGCCGCCUGGAACUCACAGACACGAGGUUACGUCAGGAGGAAGAGACCAGCAAUGAACUGGAGAAUGCCCUGAUCCGACUAGAAGAGGAGCAACAGAGAAGUGCCAGCCUUGCCCAGGUUAAUGCCAUGCUUAGAGAGCAGCUGGAUCAGGCUAACUUGGCUAAUCAGACUCUUAGUGAGGACCUGCGCAAGCUGACUGCUGAUUGGACGAAGACACGAGACGAGCUGGAGCAGCGGGAGAGCGAGUGGCGGAGAGAGGAGGAGUCUUUUAACACGUACUUCAGUAACGAACACAGCCGGCUGCUCUCGCUCUGGAGACAGGUUGUUGGUUUCCGAAGACAAUUUGGUGAAAUGAAAACCAUGACUGAGAGGGACCUUUUACAGCUGCAGAAGGAUAUAUCCCAGUCAUGCAGAUCCCUUCACGCCUCCUGCCUGAAUGUUAGCGGGUCACAACGGCUGGCAGAGAGCAGCAAUGUGGUUGUGGUUGAGAGGCAGGCAGUCCAGCUGGCACAGCUAGAUGAUCAGCUGAAAGACAAGGUGCGCCAGAUGAUCCAAAUGCAGGCUACAUUUGAUGCGGAGAAAGCCGAGCUCUGCGCCAGGGUUGCUGACCUAAAUAAAGUUGUUGAGCGUCUGCAAAAUGAAAACAAGGAGAAGGAGCAGAAUGUUCUGCAACUACAAGACCAGGAGAGGAGCCACUCGGAGGAACAGGCCGUGCUGAUGGGAGAGGAGCUGGAAUCUCUGAGGUGUGAAAAGGAAGUACUACAGGAGACAAUACGUGAGCUGACACAGGUGGUGCUUAGCGACUCGGACAGUGGCCUUCAUCUCUCCACCAGUGACAGGACAUCUGAUCUUAUAGAGAGUGAGGGUCCAGGAAUCAGUCUGAGGGGUCUUUCUAGCAGUCUGCGCACAUCCUCCCCACUGAGGCGCUCCUCCCCACACCGCAGCAGCUCACCCAGGCGCAGCCUGUCCCCAGCAUUCCGAGAAUCUACUCUUUCUGCUGUACAGUCAGCUCUGCAUAGGAGGCAACUGCAUGCGCAGGAACUGAGGGGGAGAUUAGAGGCUGGACAGGAAACUGUGACUUCACUGCGCAAACAGCUGAAUGACCACGAGAAUGACCGCAGGGUCCUGGAGCAGAAGAUCCUUCAACUCCAACAAGAGCUGGACAGCACCAACUUGUCCAGAGAAGACGCACAGCGGGAUAUCUCUCGACUGCGCAGUAACACAGAGCAGCUCAAUAGUGAAAAGGGAGGUCUAGAAAUGAAUGUGCGGAACUUGCAGGAGCAGCUGGACACACGGCGCCAGGAGAUUGAGAAGCUGCAGAUGGCGAACAGCGACUUGCAGCGCCAGAGAGACCUCCUGCAAGAGGAGAAAGAGGAUGCGUGCCAGGAACGAGAGAGGGCACAGCGAGAGGUGGAUAGAGGGCACAAAGCUCAGGAGCAGAUAGAGAUGAAGCUUUCAGCCCUGAAGAAGGAGUUGGUGUUGGUAAAGGAAUCUUUACACAAAUCCACACUUGAGAAGGAGGUUUCUGAAGUUGAGAAGGCUGAUAUCUCACAGGCCCUAUCCAAGGCAGAGACAAGUAGGGCAGAGCUGGAACUGAUGCUGAACAGGCAGAGGACCGAGGAAACCUCACUGAGGGACGCGUUAUCUAAAAUGAGCGCUCUAAAUGAGAGCCUGGCACAAGAUAAGACCGAGCUGAACAGGUUCAUAUCUCAGCUGGAAGACGAGCGAUCCUCUCUGCAGGGACAAAAGCAUGAGGUGGAGCAGGAAAAGGCCUCAAUCCGGGAUGAACUAGUGAGGCUGGAGCAGGAAAAGCUGGAGUUGGACACAGAGCGGUUUGGUUUGGAUAACUCACUGCAGGCUAUGGAGCAGACCCGUGAAAAACUUCUGCAGGAGCUGCAGUCCUUACGUAGGGAGCGGGCGCAUCUGCAGGAGCAGCUGGGACAGUUGUCACGACAGAGAAACACCCUGAGUGAGGAUCUGCUGCAGAGCCGUAAGGAGGUGGAACAACAGAGCGAGAGUCUGCUCAGAGCUUCUAAAGAGAAAGAGAGUCUCAUGAAGGAGAAAGGCAGCUUGGUAGUCCAGCUUACAGCGUCCGAACGAGAGAACAGAGCCCUGUCUGAGGAAAUCGCUGCUCUCAGGUCAGAGAAGGAGGCACUGGAGACGUGUUUGUUUGAUGUGCAGCAGCAGCUAUCCCACCUGGAGUCCCGCAAGGAGCAGGCGGAGAAUGAGAUCCAUAGUCUGCGUCUGACAAAGGAAGCCCUGCAAGGGGAGGUGAGCGCUGUACGCAGGCAGAUGGAGGUGGAGCUGAAUAAGCUGGAGCGAGACAAGGAAGGUCUUAGCCAACAGCUGAGCCACAUGGAGCACGAAGCUCAAGUCACCCUGAAGAACGAGCAGAAGUCCCAUGAGGAGGAUGUAGAGAGGCUAUGCAGGGAGAAGGAUGAACUGCGCCAGGAACUGGAGUCUGAGAAAAAAGAACUGUCGCAUCGUCUAAUCCAGGAGCGAGAGGAACUCCAAGCACGAUACGAGACGGAGCGGGAUGAAAUGAGCGAGGAAAUCGCAGCACUGCAGCAGGAGCGAGAUGACAGCCUCCUCCAGGCUGAGAGCGAGAAACAGCAGGCUCUGUCACUUAAGGAAGCGGAAAAGGCAUCGCUGAACGAGAAACUGAGUAACACCCAGCAUAGCCUUACCAACCUCAGCCUGGAAAUGGAGCGACAUAAACGGGAGAAUCAGCUCAGGCUGGAGCAGGAACGGAGCAACGCCAUUUCUCUAAGCUCAGAGCUGAAGACCCUGCGCGUGCAGUUCGAGGAAUCGCUGACAUCCCAUGAGCGAGAGCUGAAGAAUCUCCACGAGCAGAGCAGGGAGUUGGCUAAACAGCGAGAAGCAGCUCUGCGGGAGGUAGAAGAGCUGAGGACACAGUUGUGUGUAGUAGAAGAUGCCAGGGACUCAGUGCGCCGGGAGCUGAUUGAAGCUCACAGACGGGUUCGGGAGGCCCAAGAGAUGGUGGAAUUGCAUAAGAAAGAGUGUGUGGACUUGCGCAGAUCCCUUGGGGAUGAGACCAAAGAGAAAGAAGCAGUGCAAAAGUCCAAUGAGGAGCUGCGGGGUUCUGUACGUAGGGCUGAGAGUGAGCGGAUCAGCUUGAAACGUGCUAACGAGGAGAAGGAACAAAGAAUGAAUGUGCUGGAGGAUGCACGAGGGGCCGCAGAGAAGGAGGCGACUGACUUGCGUGCUGCACUUCGAGAGGUGGAGCGGUCACGUCUGGAAGCGAGAAGAGAGCUGCAGGAUCUGCGCAGACAGCUGAAAGUUUUGGAUGAUGAGAGUACAAAGCGCAGCCGGGACAUGGCAGAGGUUCAGGCGCGUUUGUCAUUGUGUGAACAACGAGAAGAGGAGAGCCGGAGAGACAACUUCACUCUGAAACAAAAACUUCUGGAGACUGAGGCUGGCAGAGAAACUGCUAGAAAAGAGCUAAGCGGUCUGCAGCAAAAGCUAUCUGAGCUUGAGAGUGAUUUCAGCAUGCGGGAGAAGGAUCUGCAGUGCAAUCUGGAAGAGACUCGUGGGAAUGAGAAGAAGCUUCUAGACAACACACAUAACCUGGAGAUCAAACUACAGACUUCACAAGAGGAGUCAGCCCAGCUCAGUCUGCGCCUAAGUGCCAGUGAGGGCCGCGUACAUGGCCUGGAGGCAGAGUUAGCAAGGGUGGAAGGUCUGAAACGAGAUCUGGAAUUUAAAUUAAGUAGCCUACAAUCAGCUCUUCGAAGAACAUUAGGAAUUGGGCGAGCAGGACGAACUCCAAGCCCAGCCAUCAGAGGGCGCAGCGGUUCUCCCAGAAGAUCUUUCUCUCCUCUCAAAGGAUUUGACAAUAUUUACACCACAACCACAGAUGGACGUGGGAGCCCCAUUCCGAGAACAGGGAGUCCAGAGCGCAGUAAGACCCCAGAACGAUCGUCCUCACCUAGCCGCGGGGAACCGAUGGUGGCUGAUCUUGACCCAGAAGUUGUCAGAUCUGCACUGAGAGAAUUUCUUCAAGAGCUAAGAGACACCCAGCGAGAGAGGGAUGAGCUUCGCACAAAGUUGGGAUCUACAAACCGUCAGUUGGUGGAGAUUGAAGCAGAGAGAGAUGGAGCGACCACAAGGUUACAACAACUACAGAAAGUGCUGUCUGAAUGCGAAGAGGGGAAGCGCAGUGCGGAUGGCAAGCUGAGCAGUGUGCAGACAGCACUUGUACUGCAGGAGGAGACUCUGCGCAGAUACGACAGGGAGCGCAGGAUGGCCUUAGAGAAAGCUGCCAGUCUGGAGCGCAGCCUUCAGGCCGCAGAGAAUGAACAUCGAGCAGACAAGGACAAGGUAAAUAAGAUGAAAUCCAACGAGGCCAAACACGAGAACGAGAAGCGGCGUCUAAAGGAAGUGCUGGACGCAUCUGAAACACGUAACACCAAGCUGGAGCUGUCAAGGCGAGCCUUAGAGGGAGAACUGCAGCGGCUUAAAUUGGUGAUGGCCGACCGAGAGUCUGAGAUGCAGGAACUGCAGCAACGAGUGGAAGGACUUCAGCGACAGCUCUCAGACAGCGAAGGGAAGGUAAAUGCGCUGCAGCUGUGUGUGGAUCGCCUCAAUGUGACCCUAACAAAAGUGCAAGAAAAUGAGAACUUGUUAAAGGAGAAAGUGCACAGUUUGUCUACUGCUCUCUCAGACAGCAAUAACAGUUCUACCACCUCACAUGACAAGAUCAGCCAGCUGCAGAAGAUGCUGACGACCUGCGAACACGAGAAAAGGAUCUUACAGGAGCGUCUAGAAGCUGCUCGUCUCGCAGUAUCAGAGGGUAAGAAGCAGAAUGCUGAACUAUUUGAUAAGAUUCAGGAGCUGCGUGAUGAACACGCGGAGGGAGAGCUCCAGCGAGAAGAACUAGAGGGGCAGGUCCAGCAGCUGCAGGAGAUCCUCCGUCAGCGUCAGGACAGUGAAGGAUCUGCUCUACGCAGUCUGCAGAAGCUGCAGGAGGAGCGGGAGAUCCUGCAGGAACGGCUGGGAGGGCUACAACGUGCUGUGGUUCAGCUGGAGGCAGAGAAGCGAGAGAUGGAGAGGUCUUCCAUGCGUCUAGAGAAGGACAAGAAUGCACUUAAAAAGACACUGGACAAAGUAGAACGUGAGAAGCUAAAGACUGCAGAAGACACACUGAGGUUGUCUGCAGAGAAGGGGCGAUUAGACCGGUCGCUAACCACAGUAGAACAGGAGCUGGCGGAUGCACAGAGACAGGUGCAACUCUUGGAGGCGCAGAUUGCAGACAUGGAGCAAACACAUUCUCAGAGCCUGAUGGAGACCGCAGCUCGUCACCGCCACGAGCUACAGAUGGAGAUUGAGAGGCUGCGCAAUGCUCAGAUUCAAGCAGAGCGUACACUGGAUGCCCGAGAGAGAGCUCAUCGUCAACGGGUCAAGGGUCUGGAAGAACAGAUUUCAACCCUGAAGGAACAGUUACAGCAGGAGCUGCGUCGGUGCCAAACUGUGUAUACCCAGCAUUCCCUCCUCUCAGGCAAAUAACCUAUUUUUCACAUGCCCAGGGUGAGGGCAGGCCAGUAUUACACCCGAGCUGCCCCUCUCCCUGACAUGCUCCCUGGUGCUCCACCUUGCGUGGAUUUAAUUUUAUUUUUUUAGGCACAAAUUCUAUAUAUAUAUAUUUUUGCUCACUUGACUGCACUGAAAUAAGAAGGAACAUCCGCCCAGCCUGACCCUGACAUGGCAACCUUCAGAGCCUGGCACCUGUUUAAAUCCAGGCUGUUUGGUGGCAAAUUAAAGGCACAUACACUGACUGACAUUAGAGACUGGCACCCCCAGUAUUACCGUUUUGUUAAGUAAAUAAUGGAUUCAUUUUUAUUUUAUUUUUAUAUACACAUAAAGCACACUUUUUAUAUUCUUUGCAUUAUAUUUCCAACUUUUAGAAACACUGGGUCUUAAAUGAUAAUCAAAUUAUUAGUCUUAUUCUGAUGAUGAUGUCACAGCGUUGGCUGAUCUUUUUAACAUAUUUUGUAAUAUUCAUAAAGAUGAGAGAAAGCUCUUCAAUCCCCAUUUCAUUUUAUGUUCUCUAUACUGAGAGAAAAUAAAGUGCCUCUUUCAUCUAACAUACUAAAGUGUGUUAAAAAGUCAGGCAAUUUAACCUGAACGUCCAACAAAAUCAGGAAAAACAACCCUGAUGUUGUGUAGGUCUCACUUAAGGUAAUACUUAAAGGCAUAGUAAACCCAAAUAUUACCUUUCAUGAUUCGGAUAAAGCAACAAUUUUAAGCAACUUUCUA